ACGCAUUAGCAUUAUAUAAAGUCACACAAGCCCCCAAAAUCCCAUAGUCUGAACAAUGGCUUUCCUGUGGUUGGUGUCGUGCUUCGCCUUCAUUAGCGCUGCUUAUGGCUGUGGAACUCCCUCCGUUGCGCCAGUCGUGAGUGGCUAUGCCCGCAUUGUGAAUGGGGAGGAGGCCGUGCCCCAUUCCUGGCCCUGGCAGGUGUCUCUGCAGGACUACACUGGUUUCCACUUCUGUGGAGGAUCACUGAUCAGCGAGUACUGGGUUGUGACAGCUGCCCACUGCGGGGUCCGGACCAACCAUCGUGUCAUCGUGGGAGAGCAUGACAAGAGGAGCACCAUUGAAGCUAUUCAGACCAUGAAGGUGGAGAAGGUCUUCACUCACCCCGAGUGGAACCCCAGCACCAUCAACAAUGACAUUACCCUGAUCAAGCUGACCACCCCGGUCGACAUGAACAUCUACGUAUCCCCUGUGUGCUUGGCCGCCUCCUCCGACGUCUACAGCCCCGGCAUGACAUGUGUCACCUCUGGUUGGGGUCUGACGCGUCAUAAUGCUUUAUUCACUCCCAACAAGCUCCAGCAAACCGCCCUGCCCCUGCUGUCCAAUGAGGAGUGCAUGGCCUCCUGGGGGGACAAUAUCUCCGACGUCAUGAUCUGCGCUGGCGCUGACGGUGCUUCCUCUUGCAUGGGUGACUCUGGAGGCCCCCUGGUGUGCCAGAAGGAAGGCGCUUGGCACCUGGUGGGCAUUGUCUCCUGGGGCAGCAGCCGCUGCAGCACCACCACCCCCGCGGUCUACGCCCGGGUCACCGCCCUGCGCUCAUGGGUGGACCAGAUCCUGGCCGCCAACUGAGGAGCACCACCACAGCACUGCAUUGUACAGACAACUCACGAAAACAGUGUUAAUUCAACUCUAACAGUGUUAAUUCAACUCUAAAAGUGUUCAUUCAACUCUACAAUUGUUAAUUCAACUCAAUGUUAUCUAUUAAGUGUUGAAUUAACACUGUACAUUUUCUUUGUAGCUGUGCAAGAUACUCAGAUAUGCAAAAUAAGCAUUAAAUACAAUUAAUUGCA